AUGGGAAGAAACUCUUAAAGAAUUAUGAAUUAGUAGAUGAUAAGAAGAACCAAUAAUAGCAAAGCAUAAUAUGAAGGAUAUUAAAUAGAAAUGAACAAAUAUGGUGAUUUGAAACUAAUCUAGAGAAACCAAUAUCUGAGAAGACAAAUUGGGUUGGUAGAAACAAAAUAAAACGAAGGAGAAUGCAGACAUGGAAGAAAAAGAAUAAGUGAUUCAGGAUUAGAUGAUAAUUUACCACAUCAGAAGAAGAAGGAUAUUCUGAAAUUGUAAAUGCAACAACUUUCAGCAAUAAUUUCAAUAGGACAUCGGGAAUCUAAGUAACAAUGA